AUGGGCGAGCGCGAAUCAGAUAAUGGCGCCCAGUCGUCACCCACAGGGGAAACGUCUGCGGCGGCCCGUGAAGAGAAGUGUCGUGAGGAGUACCUGUUUUCUGGUCUCCAGCAUAACGCCAAAUUUCAAAUCAACGAGCAACUAUGCGUAAAUCUAUUCGAGCAUUUUGUGGAUUGGACGAAUGUGCACUGCUUGAAUGACAGCCACAAAGAUCCCUUUCCGUCACGCGACUGGAGGGCUGGACGACCUCGGCAAGGCCAGAAAUUCGUAUCCAGCGCAAACGACGCUCAGCUAAUCAUUCAUAUUCCCUUUAGUCGAAAAGUGAAACUGAUGGGUAUAAGAGUUGGAGUCGAACCUGAGAUGGUUCGGCACGGUCCCUCCACGAUUCACGUGUACAAGGACUUGCCUACCUUAGAUUUUACAGACGUCUCAUUGCUAACCCCAUUGCACACGUUGCACCUUACUCCUGAUGACCUCUGUCCGCACCACGGCACGGCUACAAACUCCGGACCCGCAGACAACGCUGCGUCGGCGUCUGGCAUAUGCUCAGAUAUAACCUUGCUUGCAACGCCCGGACCUAUUGCGUCGGCUAGAGCGUUAGCCUCAACAGCUGUCCCGCUGCCCGUACGUCUGUUUAGCACGACGAGCUCAUUAUGGCUGUUUAUUGAAGACAAUCAAGGCGGUGAACAAGUCACCAUAAUUUCUACCAUGCAGGCUUGGGGUGUCCCUUUGCCAGGCAUGGACCUAAAACACAUACAACGCUGA